AUGGCCAUUAACAUCGCCUUCUGGAACAUUCCUAUAAAUGAGGACUCGCCAGUGAUUCUUUCAUUAGGGUCGUUGCACAUCACCUGGCAGGAGCUGAUGGUGGGCGUUCAGAGUGGUCUCCUCAUGUUCCCAAUCAAUAUCCUCAUCAUCACCAUCUUCCGCAGCAUCCGACCCCGCAUCAUUUCAACUCCUCAGAAAGACGACUGUGAGGAGAGCCUGAGACGCAGUGCGGUUACCAUACCGACUAUUCUCAAGGACACAGAGGAGUUGAUUUCUCUGGUGAGCAAAAGUCCGAGGAACAAGAUAUCAGAGACUUCCAGGCUGGAGACCACAGCUGACCUCUUAUCCAGCUUGGACAGGGUCCAUGAGUUCAUCCAACUCAUGCAAGGGGAGAGUGAGAGUGACCCUCACUGGGUUUACUGCAGCAAGUUCCUCCUCGCUGGUCUCUGUCAUCUCCUGAUGGACCUGGAAAAGCUGGAUGGCAAAAACUUCCCGAGUCCAGAGGAGUACCAGCAGGCACUUAACGUCACCAACGUGCUGGUUCGCAAGGCGGAGAUGGUCUUCAGCAGCCACUUGGCCUACUGCCCACCUCCUGUGAAAAAGAAGCAGAGGAGGACGGGGGGCUGCUGGCUGCCCUGGUGGUGUGUGUUCCUGGGCUGGUUCCUGCUGCUGUCCAUCAGCGCAGUGUCCACCUACUUCACCCUCUUGUACGGUUUUCAGUACGGCAAAGAUAAGUCCGUCAAGUGGGUCAUGUCUCUGGGCCUGUCCCUCUUCCAGAGCAUCUUCAUACUGCAGCCGCUCAAGGUGAUCGGCAUCGCUGUGUUCUUUGCCCUGCUGCUCAAACCUGUAUCUGUGGAGGAGACUGAGGAAGUAGAGCAAGUGCUGUUAGAGCAACAAGACAGGGGCAGGCGCUACUCCGGCAGACACACGCUGUGAGGAUGCUGCAUCCUGCCGGGGGGGGGGGACGUCUCCUCCGAUUGGGAACAGCUUCAACACAUGGCCGCCCUCGCUUCUUAAACACUCUUUUGCACUUAAUUGAAGUUUUACUUUCUAAGCAUGAAAUUGCAUAACACAUUCCGGUGUCUCGCAUGUGUGCAGAAUCUCCAAUGCUCCGGUAUGUUUUCUGAAUCGGUGAGUCAGGGUAAAUGUUCAGUCUUGCGUGUCAAAGUGUUGCUUCUUUCAAGUCAUCUGCUCUCCAUGCUGAUGUACGUGUACACAAAGAAUAUCUCUGUUUGCCUUACUUUCAGGGCUUUGGUUUUCAUGUGGAUACACUUUUAAUUUCAUGUUAACAUACACAACUGUUCGAUUCAAAGAGGUGUAUAUGUCGACACCUGUAAAACCAGUUAUAACCAUAACCUGCAAAUAAAAAUGAAGAUGACACCCCCUCCCCCAAAAGUGAUGCCAAAGCCUCUUGACCCCCACCUGGUGGCUGGGGGUCAUUUAAAAAAAAUAAACCCUUAUAUUUGUUGUUGUUACAGUUAAUUAGCUAAUAUGGAUAUGUAUCUAUGUAUGAGAUUCAGUAGAUCCUUUUUGUGUUUAUCAAAUAUACACACAUAUGUACACACAGACAUGCACAUUGUCCCAUCUUAAACUGCUUCUGCUUUUACUUUCUCAGAUAUUUCUGAUUUAUUUAUUUUUGGUCAUUUUUGAUUCUGUAUGUACUGAAUGUGGAAGCUUGAAUAAAUGGAUAUGAGCUGCAGACACCGUAGCUGAUACAUCUUUACACAGAACUGAUGGUGAUAGUUGGAAUAGGGUUUUUGGUGUAAUCUGGACGUAUGAGUUUGUAGAGGCAGAUUUACUGUCGCCGAGGAUGUUAUGUUUUUUUCUG